AUGAAUCCUCUGUUGCACGACACAAUCCUCGACCUAGAAGACCAAACAUGGAAAGCACUAUCUCAUUCGGGGGCAGCAUUGCUUCCAUUUCUCAGUCAAGACUGCAUCAUGUUCUUCCCACUGGGAUUGAAUGUCUCAGCGAGGUCGGCACCUAACCUCGACGACGUCCUGAAGAGCGAAGCAUUCGUUCCUUGGAGGCGUUACCGUCUCCAGGAGGUCGAAGUCACGGCACUGGGCACUGAGUCGGCACUCAUCAGUUAUCGAGUGCACGCGACGAGACAACACGUUACACCCGAUGACGACGAGCGGCAGGAUGAGUUCCGGGCGCUCAUUUCGACUACGUGGAGGAAGGAUCCGGAGGCUGGAAGGUGGUUGAUGUGUUUUCAUCAACAGACGCCUUAUGAGGGUGAACUGGCUCUGGAAUGA